AUAUAUAUAUAUAUAUAUAUAUUACACCGAUCAGGCAUAACAUUAUGUCAGGUGAAGUAAAUAAGACUGAUGAUCUCCUCAUCAUGGCACCUGUUAGUGGGUGGGAUAUAUUAGGCAGCAGGUCAACAUUUUGUCCUCAAAGUUGAUGUUAGAAGCAGGAAAAAUGGACAAGCGUAAGGAUUUGAGCGAGUUUGAUGAAGGGCCAAAUUGUGAUGGCUAGACCACUGGAUCAGAGCAUCUCCAAAACUGCAGCUCUUGUGGGGUGUUCCCGGUCUGCAGUGGUCAGUAUCUAUCAAAAGGAUCCAAGGACGGAACAGUGGUGAACCGUAGACAGGGUCAUGGGCGGCCAAGGCUCAUUGAUGACCGUGGGGAGUGAAGGCUGGCCCGUGUGAUCCGAUCCAACAGACGAGCUACUGUUGCUCAAACUGCUGAAGAAGUUAAUGCUGGUUCUGAUAGAAAGGUGUCAGAAUACACAGUGCAGGUCAGGGCUAUGACGGGUCAGGGCUGUUUUAGCAGGACCAACACCAUAUUAGGCAGGUGGUCAUAAUGUUAUGCCUGAUCAGUGUAUAUAGAAUAUUAUCACUCACUACAGAUAACUUAUCACAAUACAGUGAGCUGUUAUCUAUAAAAUUAUACAAUAUGAGCUAAAACAAAAGUCCACAAAGUGGCCAUUUUAAACAACAUGAGUGCAAGCAGCUAAAGUUAUGCUGUUACUAGGCAACCGGAAACAAGCUGAGCGUUUAACUAGCUGGCAAUUUAGAGCUUUAUAAGUCGUUUAUAGCAAAUGUGAAGGUGCAGAUACAACAAAAAUGACAUCAAAUUUUUUUGAAUAUCAACAUUUACCUCAGAUGUGUGGGAAAAUUUGUGAGAAAAGACUCCUUAAGACUAAUAUUACCCUGUAAUUACACUUAGCUUCAGCUGCUAGCUCAGCUUACAGGGGAUCCACCAUACUGAGAAUAAUGUUAGUAUUAUUGAGGUAUCAGGGGUAAAAAAUAGUUUUUUUUGUCAUAAGUGAAACAGUAAUGGGUCAUUUGAAAGGAAAUUGAAAUGUAGAAAAGAUUCUGAAUAUAAAUGUGAUGUGUGUAUGUGUUGAUUUAUAGUAAUAUGGAUAAAGCUUGAUUUAAGAUGUUAGACACUGAAUACUGAACAGGUUUUAUUUACAGUUUACAAUGUGCUAUAGCUGCAAUGGACUACUUUGUGUGUGUGUGUUUGUGUGUGUGUGUACACCCCAUACCUCUGUGUGUGUGUGUACUCCCCAUCCCUUUGUUUGAGUGUGUGUAUGUGUGUGUACACCCCUUACCUGUGUUUGUAAGAUUGUGUGUGUUUGUGUGUGUACUCCUCAUACCUGUGUUUGUGUGUGUGUACUACCUGUACCCAUGUUUGAGUGUGUUUGUGUGUGUGUGUACUCCCCAUACCUGUGUUUGAUAGUGUGUGUGUGUGUGUACUCCCUGUACCCAUGUUUGUGUGUGUGUACUCCUCAUACCUGUGUUUGAGUGUUUGUGUGUGUGUACUCCCUGUACCCAUGUUUGAGUGUGUUUGUGUGUGUGUGUACUCCCCAUAUCUGUGUUUGAUAGUGUGUGUGUGUACUCUCCGUGCCUGUGUUUUUGUGUUUGAAUGAGUAUUUCUUUUGCCCCCUUUACGCGCGCGUGCGUGUGUGUGUAUGUAUCUGUGUGUGUGUGUGUGUGUGUGUGUGUGUGUAUGUGUGUUAUUCUGCAGAGGCUGGUGGUUUGUCUGGAAGAAUCCAUUUACAUCCACAACAUAAAGGACAUGAAGCUUCUGAAGACUCUCCUGAACACACCAUCUAACCCCUCAGGUCUCUGCGCUCUCUCCAUCAACCAUUCCAACUCUUACCUGGCGUAUCCUGGCAGCGCCACCAUCGGAGAAAUCAUUGUUUACGACGCCAACAAUCUGAACACAGUGACCACGAUUUCAGCUCACGACAGUCAGUUAGCCGCCAUCACCUUCAACGCCUCAGGCACCAAACUGGCCAGCGCCUCAGAGAGGGGCACAGUGAUUCGAGUGUUCUCCAUUCCAGAAGGACAGAGACUGUUCGAGUUCCGCAGAGGAAUGAAAAGAUACGUGAACAUCAGCUCUCUGUCCUUCAGUCCUGAUGCUCAGUUCCUGUGCGCCUCGAGCAAUACUGAGACGGUCCACAUCUUCAAACUAGAGCAGCAUGGACAUGGCGGGGAGGAGGAGAACCCCUCAUGGUCAGCGUACGUGGGGAAGAUGUUUUCGGCAGCGAGCAGUUACCUGCCAGCGCAGGUUUCAGGAAUGAUGAGUCAGGAUCGAGCGUUCGCUACGGUCCGCCUCAACACACAUGGCCACAAACACACCUGCACUUUAACAACAAUCCAGAAGCUUCCGCGGCUCCUCGUAGCCUCGUCUGAAGGGCAGCUCUUUAUUUAUAACAUCGACCCUCAGGACGGGGGCGAGUGCACGCUGGUACACACACACAGGCUUUUAGGAUUGGAGGAGGAGGCCGAGGUGUCUGAGGGAACGGCGGCUCCUUCCUACGCUGCCACAGCGGCCAUCGGUACCUGCGGACCCGUCUCUGCUACACUAACCGGCUAUUCCGAGGACGGAGGAGUGAUGAAGGGCGAGGUGAUUCCCGAGCACGAGUUUGCCGCCGGUCCCGUGUGCCUGGACGACGAGACCGAGUUUCCUCCAAUAAAUCGGUGUCUUGGUGGAUCCCGUCGUGGCAGAACCGGCCGUCCGUGAGGACCUUCGCGCCGGAGCGGGACGACCCUCGGCACACAAGCCGGAACUAAUUAAAAGCGUUUCAGGAAUAAUUAACCCAGAUCCCGGACUAACCCAAGUGAUUUCAGGGUGCUAACAUGAUGAGGAGAGAACGGGGGAGGGGGGGAGAGAGAGAGAGAGAGAGAGAGAGAGAAUCAGGAGGGAGGGCUGGUUGUUGCUGGCUCUCCUGAAGGGUGUGUUAUAUGCAUGAACAAACCGUAGCCACGGACACGACACACAGUUCAGCAGGAUGUAAAACUGUAGCAUCGUGCUCUGUUCUCUUACCUUCUAGAAUAUUCUAUUGUAAUUCUGUUUAUUUUAUUCGUUUUUAUUUUCUCUUUUUAACAUGCUCUUAUUUACAGAAGGAAGUUUGUUUUCUGUUGUUGUUUAUAUAUAUAUAUAAGGUGUACUUGCUGUAUUAAUGACCUAAUCCAUGUUUACACGUCAUCGUCCUGGACACUAAUACGGCAGGAUGUGCUUUUAAAUGUACGUGCCUAUGAUUUUAUUUGUAUUUCACAGAAUUGCUGGAAGACCAAAAAAAAAAGAAAUAAGGAAAUAAACAAAAAUAAAAAAAGAGACUGUAGAGAAUAGGAAUAAAAUUAUGCAAAGCA